UGUGUGUCUGUGAGCUGAGGGCAUCGUUUUGCUUCCGUAACCUAUCACCCAGAUCUGUCGUUGUGCAGAGCUGCAGACCGAGUUCAGGCGCUGUAGCCAGCUGUCGCGCUCGGCAUUGCUCCACGACACGCACACACGUAACCACAUCCGUACGGCGUGCAUCCAACCACCCAAUUCCAUAUCCAACUCCCCUUUCACUGGCAGACAGCAAGGCAGACCCGGUGGAGACGUCCACUUUACUCAUUCUCCUAACGGGACACAACAGACUCCAUCGCUCUAACGGGAGUAGAGACCCCCUGUAUGUUGAGGACUGUACAGUGCAGACCACCAGCACUACCAGCGGCAGCACCAUGGCAACCAAGAGACCAGGGGAGAGGACCUCUCCGGCAGCAGGACCCACAGACACCAGGCAGUCUGGAGCAGAGAUACAGGAGACACUGGUAUACAUGCAGUGCUGUGGGCAGGAAGCCCCUACCAUGACAGAGAGCAACGGCCAUAGGAACAUUAUGAAUAGGCACCAUCACUUACCGGUAUUCGUGCCCCGGGGGAGGACUGAGGCGGGCUGGACCCACCCUGCGGCUCCUCAGCAGACUACAACUCCCACAGUGCCCUCCUGCCCUGUGUCUGCCCCAUACAGUUUCCGGAGCCCAGGGUCAGUGGAGAUGGAUGAAAUCAUGGCAGCCAUGGUUCUGACCAGUCUGUCCUGCAGCCCUGUGGUCCAGAGUUCUCCUCAGGGUGACCCUGUACUAGGUUCAUCAUCAGGGGGCGGAGACAUGGAGUGUGGGGGCGGAGACAUGGAGUGUGGGGGCGGAGACAUGGAGUGUGGGGGUGGGGAUCUGUCUGACAGCGGCAGCAGUGGCUACUGGAGCUGGGACCACGACAACGUUAGUCCCGCCCUGUCCCUGUCCGUCAACGAGAUGGACAGCAGCCCCGACGAAGGACUGCACACGGAGCUGGAGCAGGGUGUGGAGCUAAAUGUAGCCAAGAGGUCAAAGAGUUCUUUCAGAGGAGCGUACAGGUGUCUGUGGCCCAGCUGUGGCAAGGUGCUCACGUCUUCAGUUGGUAUGAAGAGACAUGUCCGUGUGAUGCACCUGGGCAGUGGAUCGGAGCAGUCCCACAGAGAGGAGGAUUUCUACUACACUAAGUUCUCCUGCAAAGUUCCACCGGCCCUCGUCCCGGCCUUGUCCUCUCACGUCCCAUGGGCAUCCUGUGGCUCCCCUCCAGACCCUGGUCCUGGUCCAGGUUCCUGUCUCCAGAUCCCCUCCUCUACCUCGUCCUCACACUCAGGGUCAGGCAGCUCCAGGCCCAGCUCAACCCCAGGGUCAACCCCAGGGUCAACCCCAGGGUCAGCUCCAGGGUCAACCCCAGGGUCAGCUCCAGACCAGCCCAGCCCUCUCAGCCAGUCUGCCCCCAGUUCCUUUUGGCAGACAGACCACCCGUAUCAGGCCUGCACUCCCCUCCAGGUGACGGUGUCCUGUCACAACUCCGCCCCCUGUUGUUGGACCCCUCCCCCUCUCACCGUCUCUAACCAGCACAGUCACCACAACUCUCAGGUGGUGAGGGGUCGCUGCAGGUCAGUGAGUGUGGGAGAACACUGGCUUCAACAGAACAGCGCCACCAACAGGCUAACCACCAUGAGAGCAGCCUCUCCGUCACGCUCUCAAUGCUCCUUCAGGAAGGGACGAGGGGAGGCUAAGAAGUGUCGUAAGGUGUACGGAGUGGAACACAAGGAGCAGUGGUGCACGGCCUGCCGCUGGAAGAAAGCCUGCCAGCGCUUCACAGACUAAACGAGGGCGCGAACGACGGAUGAUGGAAAAAAAAGAGAGACUUGGGAGAAAAAAAGUGAGGUCACGAUCACAACCAGGGCCUGUUAGCCAUCAAGAACAAUAAAUUCCUGUUUUUUUCUACCUUGUUUUUAUUUCCCCUCAAGGAAUAAAGUGAUUUGUGUAUUUAAAAAAAUAUAUAAACGUUGACCUGA